GAGGUAAGUGAACAAUUGCAACUAGCGGAGAAGACGGAGGCUCAAAUCGAUGCUGUUCGAGUAGGCUAUCGUCCUUGUGCACAACGCGCUUCUGUUCUAUUCUUUGUUCUGAACGACCUGGGUCGCAUAGAUCCAAUGUAUCAAUUUGUUCUGGACGCAUACAUUUAUCUCUUUAAUCUGGGCAUUGAUAAAAGCCGAAGAUCCGGCAAGUUGGGAGAUCGUAUCCUCCACCUGAAUGACUAUCAUACCUGCGCUGUCUAUUGGUACACUUGCCGUGGUUUGUUUGAACGGCACAAGUUACUAUUCUCAUUCCAAAUCUGUGUAAAUAUUCUGGAGUCCGCUGGAAAACUGAAUCAGGAGGAGUACAACUUUUUCCUUCGCGGUGGGAUUGUGCUGGAUCGCGAAAAUCAAUUUGACAAUCCAUGCUCCGCUUGGCUCUCGGAGCAAUGUUGGGACAAUCUGACGGAGUUAGAUAAGCUGGCUAAUUUCCACGGUUUCAUAACUUCGUUUGAACAGUAUCCUCGAGAUUGA